AAAUCGGAAUCCGGGGGUAAUGAUUUAUCAAACUCUUAUUAUCACGAAAAUGUCAACCGAAGGGCACCUUGCUAUGCACUGACGCAAACCCAGUCUUUCCCAAGGAAGUAUAGAAAGCUUAGCUCUUGAGUGAGCAAAAUCCAGUCUGCCAACUGCCUGUACUGCUGUUUUUACCUCUACCCAUCCAAUCUGUUGCUAUUUAAGGCAUGGAUUACGCCAGUCAAAGGGAUAUGAACAAGCAGAUUGUCAACAGCCCCGAAACCCUCGCUCCUGGACCAAACGAAGGUGCGGGAGUUGUGAGAAUCAACCCUGAAAAUGAGCCGCGGAGCGCCCCACCGCAAGCCCCGGCCACGACGCUGCCCAGGCUGCCCCGCUCGCUUUCUAACGACAACAAAACUCUUCCCUCUGAAGAAGCCAAAGCAAACGAUCUGGAGAGGACCAAAGUCGGGAUCUGCAAGCUCAGCAGCAGCCCGGUGCAAGCCAAUUCCCCCCUCCGCAGGGAAUCUCUAGAGACCUUUCCGUACCAGCUCGCCCCUGGGGUAGGACCCSCCGGGCAGGCUGCUAUCCCUCACUGCAAAAUCCCCGCUUUGCAAAGCACGGACGGGGACGCUACUCUGAGCCUUAGCAAGAGCACGCUGGAGCAAAACAACGCCAAAGGCGCCUGGGCGACCUUGAGCCAGAGCACCGUGGUGCUGGGCGCAGAUGGCAGCACUUCUGUUCUCCCUGGCAGAGUCGAGGGGGAAGACGAUGCAGGGGAUGAAAAUAAAGCCCGAGGGAACUGGUCCAGCAAGCUGGAUUUCAUCCUCUCCAUGGUGGGUUAUGCGGUGGGGCUGGGCAAUGUCUGGAGAUUCCCGUACCUGGCCUUUAAGAAUGGGGGAGGUGCCUUCCUCAUCCCCUACUUGAUGAUGCUGGCCCUAGCGGGGAUCCCCAUCUUCUUCCUGGAAGUCUCCCUGGGGCAGUUUGCCAGCCAGGGGCCCGUGUCGGUCUGGAAAGCCAUCCCCGCCUUGCAAGGCUGUGGCAUUGCGAUGCUCAUCAUCUCUGUUCUGAUAGCCAUAUAUUACAAUAUUAUCCUGUGCUACACUCUUUUCUAUCUUUUUGCAUCCUUUGUACCCGUGCUACCUUGGGCUUCCUGUAACAACCCCUGGAACACGCCGGACUGUAAAGAUAAAAACAAACUUUUAUUAGAUUCUUGCAUUGUUGGUGAUCACCCAAAGAUACAGAUCAAGAACUCCACUUUCUGUAUGAGCGCCUAUCCCAACUUGACCAUGGUUAACUUCACCAGCCAAGCGAACAAGACCUUUGUCAGCGGAAGUGAAGAAUACUUCAAGUACUUUGUAUUGAAGAUUUCAGCAGGAAUUGAAUAUCCUGGUGAGAUUAGAUGGCCCUUGGCACUGUCUCUUUUCCUAGCAUGGGUGAUUGUAUACGCCUCUCUUGCUAAAGGAAUCAAGUCAUCAGGAAAAGUGGUGUACUUUACAGCUACGUUUCCCUAUGUAGUUCUCAUUAUCCUGCUCAUAAGAGGAGUAACCUUGCCAGGAGCUGGAGCUGGAAUAUGGUACUUCAUCACCCCAAAGUGGGAGAAGCUAAUUGAUGCUAUGGUUUGGAAAGACGCUGCCACACAGAUUUUUUUCUCCUUAUCUGCAGCCUGGGGAGGGUUAAUUACUCUCUCUUCCUACAACAAAUUCCAUAAUAAUUGCUACAGGGACACRCUGAUAGUCACAUGCACCAACAGUGCCACGAGUAUAUUUGCAGGCUUUGUCAUCUUCUCGGUUAUUGGCUUCAUGGCGAAUGAACUCAAAGUGAAUAUUGAAGCUGUAGCAGACCAAGGUCCUGGAAUUGCUUUUGUGGUUUACCCAGAAGCCUUAACAAGGCUUCCCCUUUCUCCGUUCUGGGCUAUAAUAUUCUUCUUGAUGCUUCUGACGCUUGGACUGGACACGAUGUUUGCCACUAUUGAGACGAUAGUGACCUCGGUUUCAGAUGAGUUCCCCAAAUAUCUGCGUACACACAAGGCGCUGUUCACGCUUGGCUGCUGCAUUUCCUUUUUCAUCAUGGGAUUUCCUAUGAUUACUCAGGGUGGAAUGUACAUGUUACAGCUCGUGGACACUUAUGCAGCUUCUUAUUCUCUUGUCAUUAUUGCCAUCUUUGAGCUUGUUGGGGUAUCCUAUAUAUAYGGAUUGCAAAGGUUUUGUGAAGAUAUAGAAAUGAUGAUUGGAUUUCAGCCAAGCAAAUUCUGGAGAGUCUGUUGGGCAUUUGUGACCCCCACUAUUUUAACGUUCAUUCUCUGCUUCAGCUUUUAUCAAUGGGAACCAAUGACUUAUGGAGCUUACCACUAUCCAGCCUGGUCCAUGGUCCUUGGAUGGUUGAUGCUGGCCUGCUCCGUUAUUUGGAUACCGAUAAUGUUUGUAAUAAAAAUGCAUCUAGCCCCUGGCAAAUUUAUUGAGCGGCUCAAGCUGGUGUGCUCUCCACAGCCUGACUGGGGUCCGUUUUUGGCCAAGCACCGUGGCGAACGUUACAUGAACAUGAUUGAUCCACUGGGAACCUCCUCCCUGGGACUUAAACUGCCAGUGAAGGAUAUAGAGCUGGGGACCCAAUGCUAAUAAUUCCUACAUCAGUGGCAAUAGCAUCGUUAGCCUUUUUUGGAUACCUUUUUUUUUUUUCCCCUCUAUUAAUUUCCUAGCAAUUCUUCUUUUCUUUCUCACAGUGCCUGAAAGUGGUUGCUUUGAAACUAAAACUUACCAUUGCAUGCUGUAGUGAAGAACUAGCUAGACCACUUUCAGACGUAAGUGAUGCCCAAGACGUAUUCUCUUUGCUGCAAACAGCAAAAGCAUGUUGUACAAGAAUUUACAUCCCAGUUUUGGGUCAGGCGGUGUAAAAAUCAGCAAAUAAACAAGCAAACAUGUCAAGGGAAUUUAAAGGGACAAGCAAAAUUUGACCAAUUUUAUGCAAGCCUCCUUAUAGCAGAUGGCUAUGAUGAGGCUGGGGUUGUGUUGCCCAUACGACCAAAGUGACGUUCAGCCCUUGAGUGGGAUGUAAGUGAGGAAAGUGUUGGGGGGCUACAGGCCAAGCAGGGCUCUCUCCUGUGAAUCCAGAGCAAGGCCAUCCAUGUUAAGACUCUUGGGGGCUUGCUCUUACAUUGGCGAUGGCAGAACUUGCCUGCUUGAUUUGUGAGCACAGAUUAUACUGAGUUUGAGGUCUGCAAUGAUCUACGGGGUCUUCUUGAGUGGAGAAACGUAAGCAAAUGUCAAAAUAAUCAUUUGAGCUGGGAACUAAAUUGUCUCUGAGUCUGGAAAUGGUUUUGASAUAGUGCCAGACCGGAUGGGCAUCACAGCUUUAAGUACUUUCAUCUCCUUCUAUUUGCCUUUUCAAUGGAAAAUGCCUCGGUUAUACAAAGCAUUUAAAACUUUGCCCUUUUGGCAAACUACUUACACAGUAAGUGCAAGCACAGUUCAACUCACUUAAAUCCAAAACGCGAAAUAUAGUUUCCCUUGUCUCUCUGCUUUUGUUUACAGUAUCUCCUCAAGAAGCCAUCAUAUAAUUUGUGCCUAAUUUUGUAUUCUUACCGUGUUAAGUGCAGCCUAGUUACCACCUGACACCACUAAUUAGAGGCUAGAUGUGCUGUUGAACUUUGUGACUCCCCAGCCAUUCUCCCAKAAACAUCUUUCUACAACCUUUGGAUGUAUUCUUCUCUUUCAGACAGAAGGGAAAUAACAGAGCCUUGGUUGUCUUUAUAUUACAUAUAUAGCACGCAAAGUCUUCUCUUC